AUGGCAGCAGAGAGGGAGCCCCCACCGCUUGGGGAUGGGAGACACACUGACUUUGAGGAGCUGGAUGACGGCGAGGACCUCUUCACCAGCACAGUGUCCACCAUGGAGGUGAGGGCACCAUCCUCUAGUGUCAGGGUUCUUCCUGUUAUCUUCUUCUCUGGGCUUCCUGCUCAGGGGGAGAUCAUGUGACCAGUAGAAGGCCUGGGGUGUCCUCACAUACACCACUCUACUGUGUCAUGUCAUGUGUAUCCCCUGUCCUGUGUGCAGCCCCUCAGUGUGACCAUACAGCCAGGCCUUGGGCCAGCACAGAGCAUCCCUUCUAUGUACCUACCUGGACAGAAAGUGACCCCCUGCACAGUGACAGCCUAUAGAGCAUCCCUUCUAUGUACCUACCUGGACAGAAAGUGACCCCCUGCACAGUCACAGCCUGCAGAGCAUCCCUUAUAUGUAUCUACCUAGACAGAAAGUGACCCCCUGCACAGUCACAGCCUGCAGAGCAUCCCUUCUAUGUACCUACCUGGACAGAAAGUGACCCCCUGCACAGUCACAGCCUGCAGAGCAUCCCUUCUAUGUACCUACCUGGACAGAAAGUGACCCCCUGCACAGUCACAGCCUACAGAGCAUCCCUUCUAUGUAUCUACCUAGACAGAAAGUGACCCCCUGCACAGUGACAGUCACAGCCUACAGAGCAUCCCUUCUAUGUACCUACCUAGACAGAAAGUGACCCCCUGCACAGUCACACAGUCACAGCCUGCAGAGCAUCCCUUCUAUGUACCUACCUAGACGGAAAGUGACCCCCUGCACAGUUAUACAGUCACAGCCUACAGAGCAUCCCUUCUAUGUACCUACCUAGACAGAAAGUGACCCCCUGCACAGUCACAGCCUACAGAGCAUCCCUUCUAUGUACCUAUCUCGACAGAAAGUGACCCCCUGCACAGUUAUACAGUCACAGCCUACAGAGCAUCCCUUCUGUGUACCUACCUAGACAGAAAGUGACCCCCUGCACAGUCACAGCCUACAGAGCAUCCCUUCUAUGUACCUACCAAGACAGAAAGUGACCCCUUGCACAGUCACAGCCUACAGAGCAUCCCUUCUAUGUACCUACCUAGAUAGAAAGUGACCCCCUGCACAGUUAUACAGUCACAGCCUACAGAGCAUCCCUUCUGUGUACCUACCUAGACAGAAAGUGACCCCCUGUACAGUUACAGCCUACAGAGCAUCCCUUCUGUGUACCUACCUAGACAGAAAGUGACCCCCUGCACAGUCACACAGUCACAGCCUGCAGAGCAUCCCUUCUAUGUACCUACCUAGACAGAAAGUGACCCCCUGCACAGUUAUACAGUCACAGCCUACAGAGCAUCCCUUCUAUGUACCCACCUAGACAGAAAGUGACCCCCUGCACAGUCACAGCCUGCAGAGCAUCCCUUCUAUGUACCUACCUAGACGGAAAGUGACCCUCUGCACAGUUAUACAGUCACAGCCUACAGAGCAUCCCUUCUAUGUACCUACCUAGACAGAAAGUGACCCCCUGCACAGUCACAGCCUACAGAGCAUCCCUUCUAUGUACCUAUCUAGACAGAAAGUGACCCCCUGCACAGUUAUACAGUCACAGCCUACAGAGCAUCCCUUCUUGUACCUACCUAGACAGAAAGUGACCCCUUGCACAGUCACAGCCUACAGAGCAUCCCUUCUAUGUACCUACCUAGAUAGAAAGUGACCCCCUGCACAGUUAUACGGUCACAGCCUACAGAGCAUCCCUUCUGUGUACCUACCUAGACAGAAAGUGACCCCCUGUACAGUUACAGCCUACAGAGCAUCCCUUCUAUGUACCUAUCUAGACAGAAAGUGACCCUCUGUACAGUUAUACAGUCACAGCCUACAGAGCAUCCCUUCUGUGUGCCUACCUAGACAGAAAGUGACCCUCUGUACGGUUAUACAGUUACAGCCUACAGAGCAUCCCUUCUGUGUGCCUACCUAGACAGAAAGUGACCCCCUGUACGGUUACAGCCUACAGAGCAUCCCUUCUGUGUACCUAGCUCGUCAGGCAGUGACUGCCCUGCACAUCACAGAGAGCCAGCACAGUUACAGCUUAUAGAGCAUCUCUUUUGUACCUACCUAAACAGAAAGUGACUGCCCCUACACAGUUAUACAGUGACAGCUUAUAGAGGAUCUACCUACGUAUGGCUUCCCCUGCACAUCAAAGGGAGCCCAAAGCAGCCCUUCUAUGUACCUACCUUGACAGAAAGUGACUGCCCUGCAUAUCACAGGCAGCCUGCACAGUUUUAUAGUGACAGCUUACAGUUCAUCUCUUCUAUGUACCUACCUAGACGGGCAUUGACCCCCUCCACACUCCUACCCAUUACAGUUAUACUGUGAGAGCUUACAGAGCACAGUUUAUUAAAUUACUACUCCUCUAUUAAGAGACGUUUAUAUUCUGCCACAUGAUGUCUGUUAAUCCAAUCUUUCCUGUGACUUAGAUGCUGUUAUGAUGCUUUUUGUCUUGGACAGGUACCUACUGGAAGGAUUUAGUGUCAUAACUGUGUGAAUUACUGUUUAUUUAUUACCAUAUUAGUCAACCACUACCACUAGUUUAUUGGCUAUGUAGCUGGUGAUUAAUCAUUAGAACUAAUCUCUGGCACACAAACUUGAAAUGUACUACAAUUCCUGUGAUGCUUCUGCAAGUUAAUGUGACUCUAGUAAAACUCAUUUCAGCAAAUGUGAGAUUUUCAUUAUUCUGCACAUCCAAGCAAACUAAGGCUGUGUAUCAUUGGAGACCACCCAUGACAGGAGCUGUCUUUGUUGAGUAAGCAUGUUAAUGGGUCCAGAUGUUUAACUUGAAGGGUGUGUACAUGUUGUUGAUCAUUUAAUAUGUACGUUACUUAUUAGCUCAUGACCACUUGUACUCUUAAGUUAUUUUGUUUUAAGUAAGUCUAAAAGUUUUUUGGGUUUUUUUGUACACUGUAUUUUUUUUUUUUUUUGUUCUCUUCCUCAUGUGUAUAUAUGUGGUAUACAAGCAAACAAUUUUGUGAGCUCAGUACAGUUUCAUUCUAUCAUUAUUGGUAUACAUGAUUACUUCCUUUAGAAAGGAGUUGGUCAUCUCUGACUUGGCACAUGUAGGUUAAAGGAUCUUAACAUGUAUAGCUUGGAGGAAAGACGAGACGGGGGGAUAUGAUAGAAACAUUUAAAUACGUAAAGGAGACUAUAUUUAAAAGAAGAAAAACUACAACAACAAGAGGACAUAGUCUUAAAUUAGAGGGACAAAGGUUUAAAAAUAUCAGGAAGUAUUACUUUACUGAGAGGGUAGUGGAUGCAUGGAAUAGCCUUCCAGCUGAAGUGGUAGAGGUUAACACAGUAAAGGAGUUUAAGCAUCCAUGGAAUAGGCAUAAGGCUAUCCUAACUAUAAGAUAAGGCCAGGGACUAACUAAAGUAUUUAGAAAAUUGGGCAGACUAGAUGGGCCGAAUGGUUCUUAUCUGCCGUCACAUUCUAUGUGGUUAACAUAAAUUGACAAACAGUAGUGAUUGUGGAUUUAUCCCUGAAAAAUUUACUGUGACUUUUUUGAACACAUUAGUUUUAAUUACUCCAGGGGUGUGAAAAUCCUUCCACCCAACUUUUGGGACAUACAGUUUUGGGUGCCAGGCAAGAGUCAGGGCUACCUGGAGGGGAAUUAUUGCCGGGACAGGGGAAAUGUGGUGUGUACCUGUGCCAAUAAUAACAUCCUCACUAGCUGGUGCUCACUUAAUUCAGAUUUACAGGGCUAUUCAUAAAAGUGAAUUCUGGGAAUUAAGUUAAUUUAAAAUUUAGGGUCUAAUCUAAGUAAUUGAAUAUUUUUCUGUCUGGACAAAUAGAUUGGACUACAGCUUUAGUUAAUUGGACAAGUGGUUAAAAAAAAAUAAAAAAUCCCUUUACACUUUUGUGGGGUGGGUUGGUGGAGUAGUGAGGAAUUGGCCUUUCCAGUAAAAAAUUCAUACUUUGUGUUUGAUUGCUAACCAGAAAUACAAUAUUGAUUGUAAGUUCUACCCAACUGGGUCCUCAUCAACAUUGUUUCUGUAACAGUUUGUAGUAGUCUCAUGUAUUGUUAAAUUACUCCCUUUAUAAUAUUGUAAAGCUCUGCAAAAUAAGUUGGUGCUAUAUAAAUGCCAAAAAUAAUAAUCAUAUUUUAAAGUUGAUUGCUUGAAGAACUUUUCUUUCUUAUUUUUGGUAAUAGCUGUCACACCUUUUCAAGCUUGGAUUUUAUCUCUCAAAAGUACAUCUGUUUACAUAACUUACUCUUGGCAGCAAAAAGUUAUUAAAACAUUGCCAAGUUGAGGCCUUUAAUAAAGUGAACGAGAACAGUAAGGGAAAAUUUACACAUAUACUGACAGUUUUAAGUAGAUAAAUACAAACCGUUGGUAAAAAGAAAAAAAAAAUAGUGGGCAAGUUACUCUUGCAAUCAUAUUUUUGAUUCCAGAAAGUAAAACUAAUUACUUUUGUGUAUAUCUGUCUGAGAAACCUAUCUUAAAGGGAGAAUAUAGUCACCAAAACAACUUUAGCUUAAUGAAUCAGCAUUUGUGUAUAGAUCUUGCCUUUGAAGUUUUACUGCUCAAUUCACUGCCGUUUAGGAGUGAAAUCACUGUUGUUUCUGUUUAUACAGCCCUAGCCACACCUCCCCUGGCUGUAAUAACAGGGUUGGUUUAAUUUUUAUAAAGUUUAUCUCCUACUCUGUAAAUUUAACUUUUUAAUUACAUAAAGGAGGCUCCUGCAGGAUCUAGCAAGCUAUUAACAGGGCAGGAGAUAAAUUCUAACUUAAACAAAAUUUUGCAAUAAAGGAAGUGUAAACAUUGGGUGACUCUUUACAUGAAGUGUUUAACCCCUUAAGGACGGAGCCAAAUGUACACGUUGUGAACAAAACAAAAUGUAAACAAAACCUGGCAUUUGCGCUACAUGUCUGUCCAACCGUAAUACACCUCUUUCAUAGUAAAUGCACCCACCCUUAUUAUAUAUCAUUUUAUUCAGGGGAAACAGGGCUUUCAUUUAAUAUCAAAUACUUAGCUAUGAAACAUAAUUUAAUAUGAAAAAAUGGGAGAAAAUACGAUUUUAUUGGAUUUUUUUAGUUCUACAUGACAAUUAAACGGUCAGUGUCAUAAUACUGUUUGCUUUUACUGCAAUAAAAUACACAUAUUUGUAUUCAGCAAAGUCUCACUGUAAAACAGUACCCCCUAUGUACAGGUUUUAUGGCAUUUUGGGAAGUUACAGGGUCAAAUAUACACGUUACAUUUGAAAUUGAAAUUCGCCAGAUUGGUUACGUUGCCUUUGAGACUUUAUAGUAGCCCAGGAAUGAAAUUUACACCCAUAAUGGCAUACCAUUUGCAAUAGUAGACAACCCAAGGUAUUGCAAAUGGGGUAUGUCCAGUCUUUUAGUAGCCAUUUGGUCACAAACACUGGCCAAAGUUAGCGUUAGUAUUUGUUUGUGUGUGAAAAAUGCAAAAACUGCCAAUUUUGGCCAGUGUUUGUGACUAAGAAGAUUACUAAAAACUGGACAUACCUAUUUUACCAACAACGGGUUGUCUACUAAUACAAAUGGUCUCACAUCAUAGGGGUAAUUUUCAUUCUUGGGCUACCAUAGGGUCUCAAAGGCAACGUAACCAAUCUGGCAAAUUUUAAUGUGAAAAAAAUGAAACACAAGCCUUAUAUUUGACGCUGUAACUUUUGAAAACACCAUAAAACCUGUACAUGAGGGGUACUGUUGUACUCGGGAGACUUCGCUGAACACAAAUAUUUGUGUUUCAAAACAAUAAAAAGUAUCGCAGCAAUAAUAUCGUCCGUUUAAUGCUGUUUGUGCGUGAAAAAUGCAAAAAACGUCACUUUUACUGGCGAUAUCAUCGUUGUAAUACAUUUUACUGUUUUGAAACACUAAUAUUUGUGUUCAGCGAAGUCUCCCGAGUAGAACAGUACCCCCCAUGUACAGGUUUUAUGGUGUCUAGGAAAGUUAUAGGGUUAAAUAUAGUGCUAGCAAAUUAAAUUCCCUUUACUUUCGGCAUGGGUUGUCAGGCAGGUCCCGCUAAUUGUAAUUAAUUAAGAUACCUAAUUAUGUAAAAAUAUUACAUAAAUAUAUAUGUAGAAUCAAUAUAUGUAUAUAUAUACGUAUGUGUAUAUAUAUGUAUAUAUCUAUAUAAUUUUUUAAAAAUAUUAUUUAUAUAUAUAUAUAUAUAUAUAGUGAUAUAUCGUAUAUAUUUAUGUGUAUAAAUAUAUAUAUUAUUUCGUUCUAUGUGUAUUUUGAAUAUAUAUAUAUAUAUAUUAAUUUCACAAUACAGUUAGAACGAAAUAACACACAUCUAUAUAUUUUUAAUUAUUUAUUUUUAAUUAUUUUUGUAAUUUUAUUUUUUAACGUAUUUACAUUUUAAUUUUUUUUAUAAUAUAUAUAAAUAUAUAUAUAACAAUAAUUAUAUAUAUAUUUAAUCAGUAUCGGUCUACGUGUAAUUUGAUAUUAAUAUAUAUAUAUAAUUAUAUAUAUAUUAAUAGUAAAAUACACCUAGACGGUGUACAUGUGUGUAUGUAUAUGUGUAUAUAUAUACUUUGAUCAUAUAUAUAUAAUAUAUAUAUAUGAUCUAAGUAUAUAAUAUUUAUUUUUUUACACUAUUUAUUUAUUUCAUUUUUAUUUUCAGCCAGCAGGGGGACCACCUGUCAUUACAGGCAGCCCCCCUGCUGGCAAUACAGAAGCCAGCUAUCCCCGGCCAUGUGAUUGUGGGGUCCUCGCUAGGACCCCACUCUCACACGGCCGGGGGUUUCCUGGAGGACGGUCGUGCCGCGGGGGGCUCCCUGGGAGUCCCCCCCACCGCGAUCGCCGGCGUGGGACCACCGGCGACCGGGUAAGUACAGAAAGACCGGAGGGCGUACUAUUACGCCCGGCGGCGUUUAGAGCCGCCUAUUAGAGGACGUAAUAGUACGCCCUCCGGUCUUAAGGGGUUAAGAAGGAAGUGUAAGUCACAUGCAGGAAGGUGUGACCAGGGCUGCAUAAACAAAGUUAUUUAACUCCUCAAUGACAAAGAAUUGAGCAAAAAAUCUGCAGGGGCAUGAUCAAUACACCAAAACUGCUUCAUUAACCCCUUAAGGACCAAACUUCUGGAAUAAAAAGGAAUCAUGACAUGUCACACAUGUCAUAUGUCCUUAAGGGGUUAAACUAAAGUUGUUUUGGCAACUAUAGUGUCCCUUUAAGACUGUGAUGAUUUAUGCUAUAAUUGUAUAAUUUGCCCCUUUCAUUGGAACUGCUAACAGAUUUCUGUAUCAAGUUUUAAUGCUUACUUCUGUUUGAUUUCAGCUUGCCUUAGAUAAGACACUUUCUGACGCAUUCUAAAAACAUUUGAUUUAGGAUGAAGGGCUGCCAUUUUUUUUCUUUAUAAAGCAUGUUUUUGUCAGGAUUUUUUUUUUUUUCGUCUCUCAUCGCUUUCCCUAUUUACCCCUGCAAAGCCUGUUGGUUUAUUUACUGAUCUGUGCAGCAGAAGUAAGGUUACACUCACCUGUACUGCACAAACUGGUUUCCAGGUGUCAUUAUCUUAGAAUCUUUUUCCUAUGUUUUUAUACCUACAUGUGGCACACCUCAUUUUUCCCAUGAUUCCUUACUUACAACUGGACAAGAAGACUUGAAUGCAGAAGCCAACACCAGAACUAAUAGAUUAAGCUGUAGCAAUUCUGGUGUCAAUAGUGUGUCCAUUUCAUUUAACUCCUAAUUGGCAGAUAAUUGAUCAUGCAGGGGCAAUAUCUAUACACAAAGUUUUUCAUUAAGUUAAGUGUUUUGGUGCAUAUAAUGUCCCUUUAACAAAUAUAUAGCUCCCUGUCAACCAUGGUUAUUAGCAGUAAGCAGAGAAAGUAUACAGAGAAGAAGAGAUAUUCAAACAAAGUUUCCAUUUCUCCUAAUUUUUUUUUUGCAGUGUUGUCCGUGGGCUGCACUUGAAGUUAUAAUUUAAUUUGCUAAACUGGGUAUCACAUGAAUAAAGGUUAAAACAGUCUAGAAAUGAUUUUUAUUUUCACUGUUCGGUGGUGUAAUUUUUAUAGAAAUGAAACUUCCCCUUUAAAAGUUAUGUUUGGCAGUGUAUAUAAGGCUCUCAUUUAUUUGCAUAGGCAUGCAUGUGUUGUUACUAUCUUUGUAUGGUACUUAUACAUCCUGUUUCUACUGGAACAGCAAACUAAACUCUUAGAAACUGACAGAUACAAACAUUUUGUGACUCGAUUGCAUAUUGAUUUAAUGAAGGUGGCCCAGGCACCAUAACCACUUAAUGUAAUGUACUUGUACCGGUGCAAAGAAUCUGAGUGCUACCACCCUUAUUUAUGUUAAUAGGUGGUGUUUUUUUUGUGUGUUUUUUGUCUAAAACUGAGGUUCACCAAGCACGCCUGCUGCAUCAAAAAGUGUCUUUUCUGCACUAUUUGGGUUUGUGAUGUCCUCUAGACAUCCUGCCCAUAGAGAAGAUAUGAAGCAGGUACAAGAAUAUGAAGUGUUGUAUUUUUAAUUUCAUUAACUAUUUCAGUGAUAUUGUUCUUCAAGUAGCUUCCUAUAUUGCUCAGUCAAUCUAAAGAGGCCCCAUAACUAUUUGUGUCACCAUAGCAGUUAUGGUGCAAAGAGGCUAUGGAUGCUGAUUUCUAUUUAAAAUGCAGAUUAGGGAACAACGCACACAUAAAAAAAUACAGUUUAAAAAACUACUUAAAAUCGCCUAUCUUAGAAAACAAAUAUUGGGAUUCAGUUACACCUUAUGGCCAUAUUGUGUUAAGCCCACCAUGAUGUUACAGUACUCCAAUACACCAAUAUUGGUGGGCCCUACACUAAUUUUAACAUGGGAGAACAUGCUUACUGCAAUACUUACUGCUUUCAGCGACUCUCGAUUCUCAAAUGUCUUCUAUCCUGUGGCACCCAUCGUGAUUGGGUGAGGUGCUCAAACCAAUCAGAAUCUGGUCUGGGUUUCAGAUAUUCACAGAAAAUAGGGGAAUUAGGGGCAAACCCGGAACAUGUAUUUCUAAGUAGUGGUUGUAGCGAAGCUCCCUGUACCCUGGCUGGGUACCUCCACCAAGGACCGCUUCCUAGCUGGAACAGGGGACAAACCACAGCACUUCUGCCCACAGUUGCCAUGGCUUGACUGGGGCCCUGGAACCGCUCUCCUGGAGCCGAAUGGGGAAUUCGCUCUAGCAGCCCCCAGGCACUGGACGACACUCAGUCCUGAGAGCUCUAGUCCUUACAAGGACUUUCCCCGUUGAAUCCUGCACGCUGGAAAAGUGACAAGCCCUUUCCCCUUCCAGUAACCAGAUGACACAUAGUUCUGGGAGAACAAGCUGGAAUACUUUAAUAGCAGCCACCACUGGCCUUAUAUGCAUGUCCCCAUGCAAGAGGCACUCCCCCCUGGACCUGAGAGUAAACCACAGUAGAAACAAAUACACAAUUACAUUGGCUAUCAGGUCCAGGACAUUCCUAUACAAAAUCAGAUAAUCCCUCCCCUGUGCCUAGGAGAUAAUUGGAUAAGGAACUGUACUAAUCUAAUCCAAUUAUCUCCAAGCACAGAAAAAACAUACUUUUUCCCAAACACCCCAAAAGUACCCUAAAAAUAAACAAAACUCCACAAAAGGUACAUCUCCUGAUAGUCCUGAUCUGGGUGACCAACAUAUCCAAAAAUCACCCAGAUCAGUUCAGGGGUUCAGAAAUUUCCUGGAAGUAAUUUAUUUGACCGACCGCAUGCAUGGUCCUAUGCGCAAAACAGUUCCAGAGAAUCAGGGCUUGCGGUCAGUCUAUUUCGGUAGUUUAUAAAAGUGAACAAACUACCGAACGGAAUCCAUAGUUCUACCCUGGAGCUUGUUCACUUUAUUCAGACGAAUGAUUCCACCGAAUGGUGUCUUCCCAAGUGUUAUAAAACAGUAUCCAAAAAUAGUUCCAUGAACUUGAUGACCAAACACCGCUGCCUGUGUUCAUGCGAACAAGAUGGCCGCCACCUCGUGGUUGUCAGUAGGAAUUGCGGCCACCCAGACGAACACCUAGAACACUGAGGUGGAAAUUGCUUUACAAACUCCAAGGUGGUCUCCGGUUCGUGCAGGUGUUCGGUUCCCGAACCAUAUAGUCUAAGUACACGAACUGAGACUUCUAUAUCACAGUUUACAGGGUCCAUAGUCGGUGGGCAGGUGGCUGGCAAGCAGGCUUCUCCAGGAACUCGUGGCAAACUCAUUUGAAAAAGGAAGUUUGUCACAGUGGUGCUGCCGUGAAAAAAACAAAAUAUAUACAACAUGCAGGUUAAGGAACAGAAUAUGGCAUCUUAACAUACCAACUUCCAGGUAUGCACCCAAUUCCUCUCCCUCAACUCUCCCCCCCUCCCCCCGUGCCGACUUUUAUUUUUCAGACCAUUUGGGAGCAAUUGACAAAAACUGUACUCUCUCUGACACUUGUAGCCAGCCCCCUUCAAAAGUUGCGUUGAUAAUAUUAAACUUCCACUUCCACAUUACCACUCCAUGCAACCAGGAUGGCAGUGGGUGGCAGAGAGUUGGGCACAGCCUAGUUAUAGUACUUAACCUAUUUAAUCAGUCCUGUCCAUGUGGAACUGAAUUAAUAUUGGUAAUGUUGAUAACGUCUUUUAUCAAUGCAAAUGUAGACAAGGCCAUCCAUGUGUAAGCCAUUGAUGGCUUUCUCUAACCCAAGUUAGCUAUUGCUCUUUUAAAUUAAUUAAAGACAUAAUGGAAGAAAAUCAAGGUUAGAGCAAGUCAAAGAUUUUAAAGUGAAAAAGAAAACCCCUGAAUUUCGUAAACUUAAUGAAAUGAGUGGAAAAAUCUAGAGAACUGUCCUUUGUUCUCUAAACGUUUUAAAUCACUGUUUGUCUAAUCCUCAUGAUGAAGUGUUAAAGUACUAGGAUCAAAUUCCUACGGUGCAAGUUAACUUUGCACAGUUAAAAAGAAAAAAAAAAAAUAUCUUUAUAAAUGCAGCACCAAACUUGAGAGAACCAGUGGUCAAGUUGGUAACUUCUUGCAGAUUUUUUUUUUCCCCCUUGGUUUCCAGCAGCUGCUUCUCAAAGCAGCGCUCUCAUUUCCAGAGCAUCUGCAGCAAAGGUCCACUGAUUCCACUUUCUAGAGCAGUUUUCAUGGAGAAAAUUUAGUAGAUCUGACUGCAAACACAUUUAUUAGAUGUAGCUGAUGGACGUAUUAUACUACUAUGAAAAUAAGAUUCUAUGGUAAAAAAUACUGUUUUUGUGAAACUGGUAAUAAGAUAGAACUGAUGAAAUGCCCAUUUGUCAAUAUUCAAGGAAAUAUGUCUAAAAAGUGUGUUAUGGCCAGAUUUAGAAGUUUGUGACUGCUAUCAAAGGGAAUCAAGUGUGAGUCAGCACAUGGAUGUGUUAGGACAGGGGGAGGAAACCUUCGACACCCCAGAUGUUGUGGACUAUAUUUCCAUUAAAGGACCACUACAGUGCCAGCAUACUCGUUUUCCUGGCACUAUAGUGCCCUGAGGGUGCCCCUUCUCUGAAACUGCUAUGUUUAUAAAAAAAAAAAAAAGGGUUAACCCUAGAAGGACCUGGCACCCAGACCACUUCAUUGACCUGAAGUGGUCUGGGUGCCUAUAGUGGUCCUUUAAUGCUUUUAUACCAUAGUGCUGGCAAAGCAUUAGGGGAGAUGUAGUCCACAACAUCUGGAGUGCUAAAAAUUGUCUACCCCUUUGUUUUUAUAUUGUACAGUGUGCAUCCUUAUUUUCAUAUUACCUUGCAUUUUCAGCCAUUUGGGGAAUACCUAUUUAGGCUUGCACCUUAGUGUGUGUGUGUGUGUGUGUGUGUGUGUAUUAUACACUCCAUGCAGCAUUAUAUUGUAGAUGAUAUUAUGCUGCCACAAAUUACUGGCUGUUUUGAUAAUUACAGUAUUAUGAAGUGAAGCUGCCUGCACCCCAGAAAAAAUGCGACUGUGCGAGAUUUUUAUGAAUGUGUUAAAGGGCUCUCUAUACAGGGCUGCAUAGAGCUCAUCAAUUAGUAUGGGUCCACUAAAAAUGGCCCCAGCUGACUUACAGGAGCCUCCAUUGAUACCUGGGGUUGGUGAUGUGAACAGGGAUUUUACCCUACUCACAGGGUGAUCUUUUAAUAGGCAUUUAAAUGCCUAUUUAUAGAGUUGUUUGCAGUGCUGGCUUAUAGUACUGCAGCUCAUCUAAAAGUCUGGGGUCACUAAAAAUUGCCCUAGCAGUCAGAGGAGAGCACCAUGUAUUCAUUGGUACCUGGGGUUUGCUGGUGUGAGCAGGGUUUUAACCCUGCAUGCACCAAAUGUGCAGUCUUUCUUCUAUGCUGUUCUAAAGGCAUGCUCUCGCAUCAUGAAGGGUUAAAAUGUUACCACUCUGCAACCACGUUAUGACAGGGUCUAAUGUUACUUUACAGACACUUGCUAGAACAGUUUUUUUUUUUUUUUUUUUUUAAAUAAAUGUCAAAUUGUUAUUUUUGUAUAAUGUAAAUAAAAGCUAAAUUUUUUUUCCAACUACAAACGGAAUCCUUGGAGUGCUGUCAUGGAAAAUUACCACACACACUAAAAGUGUAGACAAUGCAUAUGUUAUAUAAGAAGAAUAUCACGAAGAACAAACUAAAUAGAUGGGUAAACAAUAAAGAUGCCUGGCUAUAACAUUUUGAGCAUUAAAUGAGGUCUUAUUCAUAUGUCAACAAAUACAGAGAAUGAAUCAGGAGUGGAGCAGAGAGGAGCAUGUUAGCGAUAGCCCAGAAAAGGGGUCCAACAAUGGGUUGUCAUACUUGUGAACAUGCGCUCUUUUAGAUAUUUACUUCACGUUAUGUAGAUUCUAUCCACCACCAUUCAGGACAGUUGGCAGCUGAUUCCAUUGGUUAUUUCCUUUAAUACCACCGCCAUUCUCUUUAUUCCUCAUCCCACUUCUGAGUACCUCCCACCCAAGCAUUCAGUCACUCUAUGAAUCAUUUCUUGUACAUGACAGAGUUUGAAACACAAUAACAUGGACAUCAUUGUUCACAUAUUGAGAAAACAUGUGACCUGUUAAUUUAGUGAUUAAUGUUUCCUAUUUUGCUAUCUUCCCAAGAUUAGGAAAUGAAAACUGCUGACACCUACUGCUGUUUCCUUUUCAUUUUAGCAUUCCCAAAAAACAGUCAUCAACUUUUUAAACAUUGUAAAUACAUAUGUGAACAAGUUGUUUUUUUUUUUUUUUUUUGUUUUUUUAAUUCUUAACACAUUUUUUCUUUUCUUUCUUUGUGUGUGUGUUUUUUUUUUUUUUUUUUUCCUAUUCUUUUUCCAGUCCAGCCCGUCUUCUCCUGAGCCAGCAAGCCUUCCUACAGAAGAUAUCAGUACAAAUUCAAACGGUCCAAAGCCUGCUGAAAUAAUCCUAAGUGAUGACAGGGAAGACCUUUUUGCAGGUAUGGAUUUCUUUAGUACAUUUGUGGGGGAGUUAAUAUCAACAAAUAAAUUGCAAUGCUGAUUUGAACAUAUUACUAUAAAAGUGAAGAAGUUGAUAUUCCCAUUGUACCAGUUAAUUUAAUGCACACUGAAAUACUAGGCCAUAUAACACCCCUGUUUUGUUAUGGAAUACAUAAAGAUUCUUUAAAUAGGUGAAAUGGGAAUCAAAUGUCCCAAAAAUGAACUCUGCCAGUUGUAAACAGCGUGGUUUGCUUUCACACACCGGAUGUGUGUUAGUGAGGGCAAUUUUAGACAGUUAGAAAGUUUAUUUUUUGUUUUGUUAUAUGGUUUUUGGAGAGACUUUCACUGUUAAACUGAUUUACCCUUUUUGGACCUAUUUGUCUACUUGUAUCCUACUCUAUUGUGGGUUACCCCCACCUGAAGAGACUCUAGCAGCAAUUUUAGUAUUGUUUUUUUUUGUUUGUUUUUUUAAAAAGGGGGGAGGGGGCUACUACCUCACUUUCACAUUUUUUUUUUAUUACAGAUGUCAUUAUUUCACAAGUUUGUUGAUGGGGGAAGCUUUAUGAUGGAUAGAAAGGGAAGGUAUAGUGGCAUGACUGCCAGCUGAUUAUUGUUCGCACUGUCUACAUUCAAUAAGGGCAUUUAGGUAGCUGGGGCAUAUCUACGAAACCACUUUUUUCCUUGUUCUACAUUCCUACUACGGAGAGCCUGUAACUUUUAUAUUUAUAUAGCCUAGUACAAGCUUUCUGUCAGACUUGAGUUAUUUUGUUACACCUUGCCAUUUCCACCUGGUAUAUCACCAGAAAAGCGGUCUCUGUUUUUUUUUUUUAGUUUAAUUUAAUUAAUUGAGACCUUUUGGGUUUUUUUGCGGCAUCAAGGGAUACCUUUUGUUUAAGACCCUGAUAAAUUGUUUGCAAUUAAUUUGGGCUUGUUCGAUUCACAGGGGUUGUGUACUCCCUCAGGCUCGUGUUGCCUGACCCCCAUCAUGCAUCAUAGCCUCAGUUUAUUGUCUUUUACUUUUGUUUAAAUUAGAUACUCAAUAAAGUUUAUUUUUUUUGUUCUAUCAUUUUCGGAGAGACUUCCACUGUUACUUGUAUACCCUUUUUGAACUUUUUUUGUCUACUUGUAGCAUACAGUUUUAGAUAGCUGACAUUUUCUUUUCACUAAUCCGUUUACAGCAGUAUAUAUACUGUUAUGUACUAGAGCUAUAGAUAGUUAAGCCUUCGUUACCACUUGUAGUAGCAGUUCUUCUGUGUAAAGGUAGACAUACUAGAAAUUGCAUCUCUUUUCUUUGGUUUAUUUAAAUUAAAUAUAUUCUUUCACAUACAGGAAAAAAAAACAGAUUAAACAUCCUGCUAUUAGCUCACUUACCUAAACUAUAACAAUUACUUCUGGUUUCUCUAUGUUUGGUUUUUAGAAGCAACAGAUGAAGUCUCAUUGGACAGUCCUGAGAGAGAGCUAAUCCUUUCAUCAGAACCUAGUCCUGCCAUUACACCUGUAACACCUACAUCACUCAUAACUCCACGAAUGGAAUCUAUUAGUAUAUCUGCCCCAGUAAUAUAUGACCGAUCAAGAGAUGAGGUAAAUAUUAUUUAAUCUCCAAUAUUAGUAGAAUUUUUUUUUUUUUUCUCUUAAAUAUAUUUUUUUUCCAUCAAUUUCUCUUUCCUGUCCUGGUCCUGUUCUAAUAUAGAUACAAAGAAAGAGUGAUGAAAGUUAAUCAGUCUCAAUCAGUCUUGAUUGAGCUGGCAAACACUGUAGGGUUAUUUCACUAACGCCUAAAUUCUAUUCGAUUGUUAUUUGAAUUGCAUUUUACACCUACCACUCUCUCUCCCCUUUUGUGUUUUGUUUUUUUGCAUUUUUAUUAUUUUUUGCAAAGUUUAAUUUCUUUAUAUGUCUUGUGUAGAAAAAUCAUCCAUAGGUGCAUUCACAGCGAAUGAGGUAGAUAUUCAUAAUGCUGUAUUCCGUUUUAAAUAGUGUUCUGCCCUGCAGAGUAGCUCUUUUUCUUUAAUGUUGAAAUGCUCAACUGAUAUUUGUGCUACUAUGUAAUUACUAUUUAAAUGAGUACUAUGGGGUCAGGAACACAACCAUGUAUUUUUGACCCUAAAGUGUUAAAACAACCAUCUAGCCCUCUUGGCCCCCUCUUGCCUCCCUACAUAUAGUAAAAUCUUACUUGUAUUCAAGUCUCCAGCUCCUGGCUCUGCCUCUGUCUGCCACAGACCUGCCCCUGUCUGCUGACAUCAUCAGAAGUGGUGAUCUGAACCAAUCACAACGCUUCCCCAUAGGAUUGGCUGAGACUGUAAAGGAGGCAGAUCAGGGGCAGAGCCAGCACAAGUCAAACACAGCCCUGGCCAAUCAGCAUCUACUCAUAGAGAUGUAUUGAAUCAAUGCAUCUCUAUGAGGAAAGUUCAGUGUUUGCAUGCAGUGGAUGGGGACACUGAAUGGUAGUGCUGCACAUUAGGCAAGACUGCUUAAGGAAGCAGCUUUAGCAGCCAUCUAAGGAGCGGCCAGUGGAGUUAAAACUAGGCUGUUAUGUAAACACUGCAUUUUCUCCGAAAAAGACAGUAUUUACAGCAAAAUGUCUGCAGGGAAUGAUUCUACUCACUAGGACAUAUGCAAUAAGCUGUAGUUGUUCUGGUGACUAUAGUGCCCCUUAAAAAAAGCUGAGCAUUUUAACAAUCGUCAAUUGAAUGCAUCAACAUUGUUAAUUGAAUUUCUUAUUCUUGCCUUUUUCUUUUCAUUUACACAGAUUGAAGAAGAAGCAAAUGGAGACUUCUUUGAUAUUGAAAUAGGUGUUUCAGAUCCAGAAAAAGUUGGUGAGUUUUUUUUAAUUUUUUUAGUACUUUCACAUCAUUCCCUCUUUCUGACAAGUGAAGCUGUGUCUUGGAUAAUAAACAAUAUGGCUAAUCUGCGUGCUGCAAAGUGUAGCUGUUCUGGUAAUGCCAUAGUCAUGUUUUUUGCAGCUUCAAGUGCAAUCUAUACUUUGAAAGCUACGCACAUAAGUGGUGCCAGGAGAAAAUCUAGGUGAUUAGUUCUUAUAAAUUCGGUAGUAUCUGAAGAUCCUGUAAAUAAUUGUGAACUUGUGCUGUUCUCACACUCCAAUAUAAACAUAUUGCGGUUUGUCUCAAUUACUCUGUUAGUUAUUUUGUUAUGUCUUGUAUUUUAGGAGAUGGAAUGAAUGCUUACAUGGCGUAUAAAGUUUCAACAAAGGUUAGUUCCAUCCAAUGGCUUUCACUGCCUAUACAAAAUGCUUUUGAUUUUAUUAAAUUGCCAAAGUUGUUCUCUUUUUCAGACUUCUCUGUCCAUGUUCAACAAGAAAGAAUUCUCUGUUAAGAGACGAUUUAGUGACUUCCUUGGGCUACACAGUAAGCUAGCGACAAAAUAUAUGCACAUUGGAUAUAUUGUUCCCCCGGCUCCAGAGAAAAGUAUUGUGGGUAAGUACAAUGUACCGGUUAUUCUUGCAGCCAAAUGCAGAAUAUGUUGAUAUAUCAAGUUACAAUAUCUGCUGAGAGGACAACAUGCCUUACUGCCUUUCACUUUUAUGCAUUUCCUAAAAUAGCUAUAUGUCCUAAUGCUUGUUUUGAGCAGGAAGUAGUUUGGAUACCUUGCCUCCUUCCUGCAAUUUGUUUUAGUUAAACAAUACUGGAAAAGGAAGGAAAACUAAAGGCCAUGCUCAGAGAAAGAAAGGAGCUGGAGGAAGUUAAAUUGAAACUGUAGCAAAAAAAAGUCACCAUUGUUAAUUAUUGAAAGUGUUUCUGUGCUAUUUGUAUUUGAAACUCUUCAGCCUUUUCUCUUUUGUUUUAUAAUAAUUUUGAACUUAAAUCUGUUGACUUGUCAAAUUUGUUGUAGUGUUACAAUACACUUUUAUCAUCUGUUGUGCCCAACUCUUUGCUGCAUCCUCACCAAAGUCCUGUUCAUAACAGUGAAUUACAGUGGUGGAGAUUCUCAUAAAACUCAGUUACAAGGCAGGACCAUCCCUUAUCUGGAAACCAUAGCAUUGCAUAAAAUUUUGAAAAUCAUCUUCAAAUUCUCUGGCAGAUUGAUUCAGUAUGCGUUAAUUUGCUUUGGAAGCUUUUGUUUUUUGCACAGCCCACUAGGUUAUUAAGCUCAAUGUGGCACAAAAAGGCCUGUUCACUUACAGCAGAUAUACAGCCACAACAUACUGCAAACAAAGUAUUCGCAAGAAUCACUUGCAGAAGAACAAGCACAAGUGUUGUUCACCUGCCAUUCACACAGUUAAGCAGUCAUUUUCUUUUUUUCAAAUCCCCAAAAUACCUCCUGCCACUUUGUGCUAAAAACCCGACAGUUCAGUGAAGUAGCUGCAGGUACGCGUAAUUACGCUGAUUUUGGUAAAGCAAGCUAAGGAUUGGACUGAUAUUUUCCUUACACUGUCACUCUAAUAGUUGUUUUAAAUAUUGGCCUACACUCAUCUCCACUUCACAGCCCAAAGUAAACAAAAUAACCACUGCUUAGUAGAUACCCCCAAUUAAAACAUGCCUGCAUUUAAUUAUGUAUAUUUUCAUAAGAGAUAAAUCUUGAUACCACUUGCAAAAGCAGCAGAGCCGUGGUCUGAAGGCUUUGGAAGUCCUUCCUAACUUUUUGACUGUCCAACCACAGACUUUCCAAGUCAACUGAAUGAGUAGUAUUUGCAAGUUAGGUGCUGUGGGCAAUUGCUGCCGCUGUAGUUUAGAUUCAUGAGCUAACCAAAAAGCUAGUAGAAGGACUGGUUGCCUGAUUGACAGUCCGUGUGUAACAAAGCUAAUUUAUAGAAAUGCCAAUUUCUUUUCAAACCUGCACUUUUUGUAAAAUGAAAAAAGAGAGCGCACGCUUCAUGCAUAAAGCACUUCAGUAAGCCAAAGUGCUUUAUAGGAUUGAAGUGUCCUAUUAAAUGUAUGGCUAGUUUCUCCUAUUCUGUAUUUUGGAUCCCUGAGGUGAGUAUGCUAAUAUAUAUUAUUAUUAUUAUUAUCCCUAUAUCAGGGUAGGGAUUGUGUUAGGUUCUGGAUCUUGCGUAAACACCAUCCAUAACAUUUGCCAGUAUUUAAAAAAACAAAACAAAAAAAAAAGAGUUCUUUUAUGAUAUGCUCUGUUCUAUUUUAAAUGUAUAUUAAAAUGUAUUAAAUCCAGUUAAAGGACCACUAUAGUGCCAGGAAAACAUACUCAUUUUCCUGGCACUAUAGUGCCCUGAGGGUGCCCCCACCCUCAGGUCCCCCUCCCGCCGGGCUCUAGGGUGAUGAAGAGGUUAAACUUGCCACUUUCUACAGCGCCGGGCGGGGGACUCUCCUCCUCCUUGGCUGAAUGCGCAUGUGCGGCAAGAGCCGCGCGCGCAUUCAAACUGCUAUGUUUAUAGAAAAAAUGGUUAACCGUAGCUGGGUCUGGGUGCCUAUAGUGUUCCUUUAAGUUCAGUUUAAUUUCUCUGUAUUCUAUCCCUAUAUUGACUGUCAGGUGCAAAGGUCAGAAUUUAUAACGAUGAUUGACAGGGAGCUAAGACGGAGUGCUCAGUUAAAGGUUAAAAAGGCUCUGUAAUUCUAAGUUCUUUACCCCUAAGUAACCAAUAAUUUACCAAAAUUUCACAUGUGGAAAUGCUGAGGAUGAAUAGCAGAACACUUGGUGUUUUAAUUACAGUGAUAGAUGACAUGUCAGGGCUGUCACGAUUAGUUGCCUUUUCUGACCCUGCUAUUAAUGGGUAAAAGAGCAUUCCAUCUUGAGCUUUGUAGAACUAGGAUAAUGGCUGUCUAGAUAGACUUCACUACAAUGAAACCUUAAAGGCUUUCACUUUAGUUAAAUAUAUGUUCCAUUUAGUGAAACGUUUUGAAUUGAGUUCUUAAGUCAGGCUAAAAAUUACUUUUUUUUUUUUUCAAAUAAAUAAUUUUUGCCUUUCUUGGAUGGUGAAUUAUGACUUAUGGGAUAAAUUUCCCCUGAAUACGAUUUAGGUAGAAACACUCAUAAUGCAAUGCUUCAGAACUCCCCUCAGUCUUGACCAGGUCCUAUAAGAACUUCCUUUAGAAAAUUAGCUUGGACCCUUUGGUAGGUUUGCCGCUGCUUUUGUUAAUGUGGAAGUCCUCCUGAUGUUACAGGCCUAUAUUAAAGGAUUUCUAUAGUGGCAGGAAAACAAAGCUGUUUUUCCUGGCACUAGAGGUUCCUACAGUGUUCUCCUCCUGCGGUUGUGAAGGGGUUAAAACCCCAUUCAGACACUUAUCUGAAUCCAGUGCCGAUGUCCCUUGGUGCUUGGUCAGACUCCGCCCACGAUACUCCCGCCCGAUGUCGGCCAGUGGGGGAGACUUAAUGCACAUGCUUUCCUGUGGGGAUUCCGGUGACGCUGGAAGUCCUCAUGCAUAGCAUGAGGACGUCCAGCGUCAUUUAGUCGACCAAAAGUCGCCUAAAGACAGCCACUAGAGCAGGAGUUAACCCUAGCAGGUACAGUAUAUACUCGAGUAUAAGUCUAGUUUUUCAGCACAUUUUUUGUGCUUAAAAACACCCACUCGACUUAUACUCGAGUCACUGUCUGUAUUAUGGCAACUUAGAGAGCCGCGGCCGUCAGAGCCGUGGCAACGAUGCGCGCGACAACCAGACCGCGAGACUUACAGUGGAGCUGACCAGAACGGAGGAGAAGGGAGCUGACAGGAGCUGCAGGAAAGGUAAGUAAAUGCUUCCUACUGGCCCCCCCACUUCACAGCCCAUGCCACUGGACCACUAGGGAUUAAGAUAGCCCCCCUCCCUGACUGGUUAACAAGCAGGGAGGGGGGACAAUUUUUUUUUAAAAUAAUUAAAAAAAAUAUUAAAUUUAAAAAAAUAAAAAUAAAAAUGCCCUCCCCCCAUCCAGUUCACACACACUACACAAACACACACUCUUCAUUAUAUACACACUCUGCAUUAUAUACACAGAGUCUGUGUAUAUAAUGCAGAGUGUGUGUUUGUAUGAGUGUGUGUGUGUAUAUAAUUAUAAAAAUCACAGAAUUUCAUAGCCCCAAGUUUUACCCUCGACUUAUCCACGAGGCAUAGCAUAUUUCACAAUUGUUGGUCACAAAACUGCACUCGACUUAUACAUGAGAUCGACUUAUACACGAGUAUAUACGGUAAUUAUUGCAGUUUCUCAGAAACUGCAAUAAUUACCACUGUACGUUUAAAGGACAUGGGACAUUGCACCCAGACCACUUUAAUUAGCUAAAGUGGUCUGGGUGUCUACAGUGGUCCCUUUAAAGCUGUGAUUUCUGACCUCAUUAGCUUUUUGCCUCCUACUCCAAAAUGCUUGUGAUUGAAUCCUGCUAAGUGUGCUACUGAUGUGCCCUCUCCUGUCAAGUAGGAUGCUAGCUUUGGCCAUGGCUACUUUUCAGGGUCUGAUUGUGGUUCCAUCUCUGAGCUUCCUGGUGCCGUUUAGGUUAUGCUGGAGGAGGAUGUGUCAUUGGUUAUAAUGGUUGAGCACGUUCUCCUCUUUUAGGUUCUUGAAGUGAUGAAGGAUCACCCACUGCAGAGUAGGGAUUUAAGGUGCCGGAUUAAUUUUGCAAACUGUAUGUGGCAGGUUUCUGGAAUUUUUCUGCUCUUAUGCCCUGUGAACAACAGGAACGUACAAAUCAGGGAUUUCCUUGGUCCUUUCCUUAAAUUUAAUUUAAAAGACUACCGUAAUUUGGUGUUUUGAAAAGACAUAGUUCAAAAUCUAAUUUGAGUUCAUGCCACCUCUUUGCCUCUGCUUGUAGUUUGUUACAUAUUGUGUUAAGCUGACAAACACUAUUUAUGUAUUACUGUUUUUUUUUGUUUUUUUAAACUUGAUUACUUCUUUUCAAGGCAUGACUAAAGUUAAAGUUGGAAAAGAAGAUUCAUCAUCAAAUGAAUUUGUGGAAAAAAGGAGAGCUGCAUUAGAAAGGUAACAUGUCGAUGAUUUUCUCUUUUGUUAGCUUGUUUGUGAUUUUUAAUUGGCAUUGAUUGAAGAAAAAAACAAACAAACAGCUCUGUCACCAAAAUAUAUAUAUGUGUGUGUGUGUGUGUGUGUGUGUGUGUAUGUAUGUAUGUAUAGAGCUGCUUUCAGUUGUUUGCUAUUUAUAUAUAAUGAAGCAUGUCCGCAAGAGUCACAACAUGAUCUACACCCCAAAGCUGUUUUGUGUUUGCUGAAGUUGAUUUAAUGCUUUGUGUGUUGAAAAUGUGAACCCAUACUUUUUAUGUAUUUCUUGUAAUUUCAUAGGGAUGAUGUUUUACUUGUGAGUUGCAGGUUUGAAAACAUGAUCUACAUUUUUAAAUUAACAAGUAGGUCAUGUGAAAUAUAGCAAGUGUUGAGCAGGCAUUGCACCCUAAAGCACUCCCAACAUCUCUCUGUGACUUAAUUAUCUCUCUCAUAAACUACUGGUUAGUUAAUGCAAAAGGCGGUUUAUAAACCUAACCAUGUGGUCACAUUGAAGAGUCCUUACAACUAUAUGCCUGAGUAAACCGAGGAUACCUUAUAAAUUAUGAUGAGACACAUUUCUAAAAUCUGAUUUAAUGAUUGGCACUCUGAAGAGAUCGAGGUACCAUAGUGACUGAUGCUUUAUCAUGAUAGUUAUAAUCAGACUGUAUAGCCUUCUUUCAACUACAGUCAUGAGGACCAUCAAGGGGUACAUUUCACAUUUCAAACACUUGUGGUAUAACCUGGAACAAAUAUACAAAAUAAAACUACUGUAUAUCCAGCAAAUAUUUUACGGCCUUUGACCAUACCAACCCUUUAUCCAUACUCUGUUUCCUGGCCAUCCACAGACAAAGCUCUUGAGGUUAUUUUUGUUUGUUUUUGUGUUUUUUGGGGGGUCCUCUUAACGUAUGUUUAUUAACAUUAAUUAAUGUGGCUCUGGCAUGUUUUGUCUGUCUUUUCUUUUGCCUUUCCUUUCUUUACGUUCUUCCCCAACACUUGCCUUUAAUUAUACUUUAAAGAAGCACUAUAGGGUCAGGAACACAAACAUGUAUUCCUGACCCUAUAUGGUUAAAACCACCAUCUAGCCACCCUGGUCCCCUCAUGCCUCCUUAAAUAUAGUAAAAUCUUACUAGUAUUCAUGUCUGCAGGUGAAUGCUUUGUCCCUGUUUCCUUUAGACCUGCCCACUGCCUGCUGACGUCAGCAGAAGUGGUAGCCUGAUCCCAUCACAGUGCUUCCCCAUAGCAUUGGUUGAGACUGACAAAGAGGCAGAUCAGGGGCAGAGUCAGCACAAUUCAAACAAAGCCCUGGCCAAUCAGCAUCUACUCAUAGAGAUGAAUUGAAUCAAUGAAUCUGUAUGCGGAAAGUUCAGUGUCUCCAUGCAGAAGGAGGAGAUACUGAAUGUUUGGAUGCAUUUUAGGCAGCCACUAGGCUGUAAUUUAAACACUGCAUUUUCUCUGAAAAGACAGUGUUUACAGCAAAAAGCCUGAAUGUAAUGAUUCUGCUCACCAGAACAAAUUCAAUAAGCUUGUUGUUCUGGUGACUAUAGUGUCUCUUUAAAUCCUUGUGCUGCAUCUCAAUAUCUUGGUGUAGCCAUUUUUAAUUUUUUUUUUGUCUGCCAUGUACCCUUUUAUGACAUCAUUUAUAAAAAAAAAUUUGUGUGUGGUUUUUGUAAAUGUAUUUUUCAAAUGAACUAGGAACUUUGUUUAUGCUCAAAACUAAGGCCACUUAGGGAGAAAAAAAGUAAAAGAAACCAAUUCAGACACAGAGCUAUAUAUAAGCAGAUAAGAUUGGUGAAAAGCUACCUGAUGACUGGACAGCAAACUCUUUGAAACUUCAUGCUAUGGGUCAUUUGUAUCCUUUUGCCAAUAGAACAUUUUGUCAUACACUUCCAAUUCUGUACAAGAAAUUGUGAGUUGCUAUUCAUACGAUUUCAGUCAAAAACUGACCAGCUGGUAAUUGUCAUUUAUUGCACACAAAAAGAUUGUAUGAUUUAAAACGUAUGAAAUUUUCUAGAUAUCUUCAGCGCACAGUAAAACAUCCCACACUGUUACAAGACCCAGAUGUGCGACAGUUCUUGGAAAGCAAUGAGGUAACUUUUUUUUUUUUUUUUCGCAUUGUGUAUGAUCUGAUUUUGAUAUCUGCAAAAAACUGUAACAUUUGGGUUAAUAGAAUGAAAUUAAAUAGAGACUACAAAUAUUUCACUCGGGUGCAGUGUGCCUGAUUUGGAAGGGGCUUCUGCAUGCCACCACAUUUAUUUCCUUAUGUCAUCUAGAUGGAGGAAGUAGUCACAAAUUACUUUUUAGCUAUACUUUUGUUUUUAGUAUGUUUAAUUCUUGACCAAUACAAUUUGUCAAUUAAAAGUAUACGUCUCUGAAGGUGAACUUGUUAUCAAUAUAUUUUGUACGGUUUUAUUUGUUGAUACUUCAUGCACGAAUUGGACAAUCACAUGUUGGAUAGCCCAGAUUUUCAAAUGAUCUUCGGAGCAAUGUCUUGGAAAGUAAAUUCUUAUUCCUUAUACUCUUUCUUGCCAUCUUCCAAAGUAAAUCCUGUUUCUUUGUUUCAGAGGUUGCAAAAAAAACAAGUAACCAGCAUUAUUUAGCGUAUAAGCUUUGGGACCUCUAUUCUCUUGACCUUUACAACCCCUAGUUUUGUUCAUCUAAAUGUAGAUGACCAUCAAACGUAAAUAGUAAUUCUAUUUUUUAGGUUUUCCACUGGGACAGUGAGGGUAGUAAAUCAGAAAAAAUGAGUUUACUCUAUAUUGAAAUGUAGGAGAGUGCAGAAAACAUAACAUCCUUUUAUUUGCACUUGGGUGCCCUGCUAAGACUCCAACCUUUUAACCGGUUUGUUUGCCCUUAUUUGUCAUUCAAUUGCAGCUGCCAAGGGCGGUUAGCACCCAGGCUUUGAGUGGAGCAGGAUUAUUGAGGAUGGUGAACAAGGCUGCGGAUGCUGUCAACAAAAUGACAAUCAAGAUGAAUGAAUCGGAUGCUGUAAGAACAGAUAUUUUUUUUUUUUUUUGGGGUGGGGGAUUGCAUAAUGAUGGUCUAACAAGUCUAAACAAUUGCAUUUUAGGCCUUUACGGGCAGAAAGUAAGAUGAUUUACGUAUUGACUCUUCUGUUCUCUUGACUGACACAGUUGUAUGUAAGCUUGUCAACUACUACAAAUCCUAAUAUAAAAUGUUUUUUGUUGCUUGAUAAAUUGGAUCUUUUUAUUUGUAUUCAUGGUUAGUGGUUUGAAGAAAAGCAGCAGCAAUUUGAGAAUCUCGAUCAGCAACUCAGGAAGCUGCAUGCCAACGUUGAAGCUUUGGUCUGUCACCGCAAAGGUUGGUAUUUUCAUUAUGGUAAUUUCCAAAGAGAAGUGGAAAAUGUUUUAAUUGGACAUUCUCAUCAAUCAAUUAAUGCUUUGAAAAUCAAACACUUGGGACAGUCCCCGAAAAAUGCAUUUUUUUUAAAGUCCUGAUACAAACGUAAAUGCUUUUAGCAUUUAAUAGAGCAAUUAAAAGGUGUGUUUCCAUUCAACAAAAGUGUGUGUGUGUAUACUACAUUUUGGAUUAUAGAUUCUGUGGUUUUGAUUAGCUACAUAAAUAAGUACAAUACAAUGUAAAUGGCCUGUGGUCUUGACAAUUCCUAAUCUAAAUGGGGGAUGUUGCAAACUUGGAGGAACUUUCAUGAUGGGAUGGGAUCCAAGCAGGUCUUGACAUAUAUUUCCUAAGUAACUAGGAGCAUGGGUCAACAGAUAUGAUACACUUAAGUUUUUCUGCCUUUUAUCUUUUUUUUUUUUUUGUUGAACAUAAGAUACUGUGCCCUGCACUAUUUCUUAUUCAUUCUUCCUGCAUUGCCACAUACUGUUCAUUGUAUGUAAACCUAUUUACUCUACCCUGUCAUACGGACUGUACGGUGAACAAAUACACCACGCAGUUAAAGACUGUAUUAUGUGACUUUGGCUAUAUUUUGCUGGCUUUAAACCUAUUGGAAUUUUGGAAUGUAGAGUAGUUUGGUACUUUUACCCCUAAUGAACAUAGAAAAUAGAAACUUAAUGCAAUGUUAACGUAUCGCUAGCUGUACUAUAAAGAUGAAAUCACGGUUUUACCCUACACUUUUAUGCUAGCUAUACAUCCCAUGUUUUCUAUGUUUCAAACAUUUUGCUAUUUUUAAAUGAGAAGACCUUGGUUGUUUUGUAUCAUUAUUAUUUGGUAUUUAUAUAGCGCCAAUAUGUUAUGCAGCACUGUAAAAAAAACUAGAGUACAAAUAUUGAACAUAUAUUAAUAAAGAAGGAACAAUAAUCUUACUCAUGAGUUUACAAUCUUGUAAAUACUGUACUUUAAUAUAAAUUACUUAGCCAGAUAAAUUGUGAGUAAAAGGAGACACAAAAGGUCAAUAUAUGGAGCAUUGCUUGCUGUGAAAUUGAAAUAAUGCAAUGAAUAAAGGUAGAAUGAGGAGGGGCUGCAGGAUGGGUAAUAAUAGCAAAACUUUUGGUUUGUUUGCUGAUGGAAUUCAGACGAUGAAUCUGAAGAUGGAAGGGAGUGAAAAUCUGUUUAACCCCUUAAGGACCAAACUUCUGGAAUAAAAGGGAAUCAUGACAUGUCAUGUGUCCUUAAGGGGUUAAAAGCUUCAAUGCUAUUAAUAGGAUGAAAACUGUGACCUAGUUUAAUAUACCAGUCCCAUGUUGUUACGUGUACAUCAUACACACCUAGUGUACUGCUGCACAAUGUACCCAGUUUAUUCUGUGUUACCCCAUGCAGUGCUUUAAAGCUGUAUAUAUGUUGUUGUUCUUGUCUAGAGCUUUCGGCUAACACUGCUGCCUUCGCCAAGAGCGCUGCUAUGUUGGGCAAUUCUGAGGAUCAUACAGCCUUGUCGAGGGCCUUAUCUCAGCUUGCUGAAGUAGAAGAAAAAAUUGACCAGCUUCAUCAGGAGCAGGCCUUUGCUGACUUCUAUUUGUUUUGUGAACUUCUGAGUGACUACAUCAGACUAAUUGCUGCAGUAAAAGUAAGUGUUUAGUAAAAUUUUGCAUACAAUCUUAUAUUUGUCCUACUCUUUCAAAAGAAGCAUACUGCAUUAUAUAAGAAAGUAAAAUAUUAGAUUUGAAUCCAAUAAAUUUCAGGAGUGGUAUUCCUUUAAAUGGGCAAUAUAUGAAGCAGAUAUUGAAUAACUUGUAAAAGACAAUAAUAGAAAUCUAAUAUAAAUAUUACAAUAAUUCACCUUUUGUUACCAUGCAUUAAUAAAAACAUGUAUCUUAAAUAUGUAGAAAAUAUAUAUAACUUUAUAGUAGAAAUGUCUCUGUAUAAAUAGUCUCUUUUUAAAAAGACACCGUGGUCUGUGAUUUGUUAGCUGUUACAGUUUUCUCCAGUUAUGAUCGAACUGGAAUAUGUUAACUGAAUGAGCUAAUUUAGUGUUGUACAAAAUUAUAUAUAUAAGCCAAUGUGAUAUAUAAUUGUAUGUACUUAGUAUAAAAUAUAAUAGCUAACAGAUCAUGGUUAAUGAUCUGUAGUUUAGUAGAUAAGUUCCAUGUUGUUCACAAAAAGUGAAACAAAAUCCGAAGUGCUAAGUGCAAUAAAAUACGUUUAUUCAAUAAAAAAGAAAAGUUGUGCACUUACAAAAACGCAAAGAGUCUAAGUGCUUAACUGGAAUCUGGAGAACCUGGUGUUUGCAGCUCGUUCUUUUCGGUCCGCCGGCAGAUGAAUGGACCUGUGGAUAGCCGCGUGCGUGUCACCGAUCUCCUGCGUUCCAAGUGAAGCCCGGUCUUCUUUGCGAUAAGUGCCACAAAGUGUUAGAGUCCUUACGCGUUUCGUGAGUCUAAUGCUCACUUCAUCAGAGGAUAUUGUGCAAGGAGAACCCACGGGUUUAAAUAGCUGAUUGCUGCUUCAGUUUAUAUUAACCCUUUCAUGCUUGUGUUCAUACUUGCUCUGAAAAUUGUUUUAAUACUGUACAUAUAUAUUAUUAUAAUAAAUUUGAUCUUUGAAGAAUAUAUUUCAUCAUAUAAAACACAUUAAAGGAGAAAAUUCUAAAAAGUUAUUAUAAAAAGAAUUUAACACUUCACUAAAAAUAUUUCAUUAGAAAAUAACAUUGUUUUAUAAUAAAAAGGGUGACAUCAUUAAAAGGAUAUAAUAAUGUUAUAUAGUAUAUGUUAAAAAUAGUGUAACUGCAUGUUAAAAUGAUAAUACAGAUAUCUUAGAGAAUUAUACAGUGUUUGUUUAUACAAAUGGAGAUAAAGACUUUUGAUAUGGAGAAAACUUCCAUCAAUAGUAUAGGAAUGAACAGUAAAUAAAUAAAAUAUAUGUGUAAAUAUAAAAAUAUGUGUAAAUAUAAAAACAUGAAAAGAUAAGAACAGAUUUAAAAAGAUAAAUAUUUUAUAUUUUAUAGGAAUGCUCGCAACUCAAAAUCUAUAUUAAGUCCUUUUGGUUCUAGUGUAUCUAAUUUAAAUAUCCAGCUUGCUUCUGCUUUAUCUAAUUCUUUAUUUAAGUCGCCUCCUCUCCAUGGGAUGUUUACUUUCUGUAUUGCCAUAAAUAUGAGGCCUUCAGGAUUUCUCUUAUGUUUAACAUCAAAAUGCUUUGAAAGAUUGUGUGAAUAAAGUCCAUUUCUAAUAUUCCUAAUAUGUUCUCCCAUUCUUGUUUUAAAUGCUCUUUUAGUGCGCCCUAUGUAUAAUUUCUCACAGGGGCAUUUUAACAAAUAAAUUACGCCAGUAGUGUUACAUGUCAGUUGUGAUUUAAUUUUAAAUAAAUCUUGUGUUUGGGGAUGAGCAAAUUGUGUUGUUUUAGUUGGUUGAUUUAAAUUAUUUUUGCAAGCUUUACAUUUUCCACAUUUCCAAAAACCUGAAGAUUUAUUUGUGGUAAUGGUAGUAUUUUCUUGUGUUUUUUCUUGUUUAGUAGUGGGGGCUAAUAAUAGACUUAGAUUUGGAGCUCUAGAAUAUAUUAUCCUAGGUUUAUUUUCUAGUAUUAGAUCUAAUUGGGGAUCACCUUUUAGUAUGCUCCAAUUUUUUUGUAAAAUUUUUUUGAAUUCCUGAGUAUGAUUAUUGUAUCUGGUUAUAAACGCCGGAGCUUCUAAAUUAAUGUUAGUGGUUUUUAGUUUUGUUGCUAAAAUCUGUUCUCUUGUUAGGCUUGAGGUUUUGGAUAGGGCUUCAUUAAGUAUGUUUGUUGUAUAGCCUUUAGCUUGGAAUUGUGAUACCAUAUUUGUAGUUUGUUCAUCACAAAUAUUGGGUUCUGAGCAAUUUCUUUUAAUUCUCCUAAAUUGGCUAAAUGGAAUAUUGUUAAGCCAACUUUUUUUAUGAAAACUGUUGUGAGGGAUAAAACUAUUACAUGCUACUGCUUUCCUAAAUGUUUUAGUUUCUAAUUGGUUGUUCUUGACAUAAAUCUCUAAAUCCAAAAAUUCCAAUUUUUCCGUGGAUUGAUUAAAUGUGAAUUUAAGAUUGUAAGGGUUAAAAUUAAGGUGUUCUUUAAAGUGUUCAAGUGUUGCAAUGUCUCCUUUCCAAAUAAAAAUGCAAUCGUCUAUAUAACGAUGCCAUGAGACCAGAUUUGCGCCAUAUGGGUUUAUUUAAAAUUAAAUCACAACUGACAUGUAACACUACUGGCGUUAAAUAACCCAUAUGGCGCAAAUCUGGUCUCAUGGCAUCGUUAUAUAGACGAUUGCAUUUUUAUUUGGAAAGGAGACAUUGCAACACUUGAACACUUUAAAGAACACCUUAAUUUUAACCCUUACAAUCUUAAAUUCACAUUUAAUCAAUCCACGGAAAAAUUGGAAUUUUUGGAUUUAGAGAUUUAUGUCAAGAACAACCAAUUAGAAACUAAAACAUUUAGGAAAGCAGUAGCAUGUAAUAGUUUUAUCCCUCACAACAGUUUUCAUAAAAAAAGUUGGCUUAACAAUAUUCCAUUUAGCCAAUUUAGGAGAAUUAAAAGAAAUUGCUCAGAACCCAAUAUUUGUGAUGAACAAACUACAAAUAUGGUAUCACAAUUCCAAGCUAAAGGCUAUACAACAAACAUACUUAAUGAAGCCCUAUCCAAAACCUCAAGCCUAACAAGAGAACAGAUUUUAGCAACAAAACUAAAAACCACUAACAUUAAUUUAGAAGCUCCGGCGUUUAUAACCAGAUACAAUAAUCAUACUCAGGAAUUCAAAAAAAUUUUACAAAAAAAUUGGAGCAUACUAAAAGGUGAUCCCCAAUUAGAUCUAAUACUAGAAAAUAAACCUAGGAUAAUAUAUUCUAGAGCUCCAAAUCUAAGUCUAUUAUUAGCCCCCACUACUAAACAAGAAAAAACACAAGAAAAUACUACCAUUACCACAAAUAAAUCUUCAGGUUUUUGGAAAUGUGGAAAAUGUAAAGCUUGCAAAAAUAAUUUAAAUCAACCAACUAAAACAACACAAUUUGCUCAUCCCCAAACACAAGAUUUAUUUAAAAUUAAAUCACAACUGACAUGUAACACUACUGGCGUAAUUUAUUUGUUAAAAUGCCCCUGUGAGAAAUUAUACAUAGGGCGCACUAAAAGAGCAUUUAAAACAAGAAUGGGAGAACAUAUUAGGAAUAUUAGAAAUGGACUUUAUUCACACAAUCUUUCAAAGCAUUUUGAUGUUAAACAUAAGAGAAAUCCUGAAGGCCUCAUAUUUAUGGCAAUACAGAAAGUAAACAUCCCAUGGAGAGGAGGCGACUUAAAUAAAGAAUUAGAUAAAGCAGAAGCAAGCUGGAUAUUUAAAUUAGAUACACUAGAACCAAAAGGACUUAAUAUAGAUUUUGAGUUGCGAGCAUUCCUAUAAAAUAUAAAAUAUUUAUCUUUUUAAAUCUGUUCUUAUCUUUUCAUGUUUUUAUAUUUACACAUAUUUUUAUAUUUACACAUAUAUUUUAUUUAUUUACUGUUCAUUCCUAUACUAUUGAUGGAAGUUUUCUCCAUAUCAAAAGUCUUUAUCUCCAUUUGUAUAAACAAACACUGUAUAAUUCUCUAAGAUAUCUGUAUUAUCAUUUUAACAUGCAGUUACACUAUUUUUAACAUAUACUAUAUAACAUUAUUAUAUCCUUUUAAUGAUGUCACCCUUUUUAUUAUAAAACAAUGUUAUUUUCUAAUGAAAUAUUUUUAGUGAAGUGUUAAAUUCUUUUUAUAAUAACUUUUUAGAAUUUUCUCCUUUAAUGUGUUUUAUAUGAUGAAAUAUAUUCUUCAAAGAUCAAAUUUAUUAUAAUAAUAUAUAUGUACAGUAUUAAAACAAUUUUCAGAGCAAGUAUGAACACAAGCAUGAAAGGGUUAAUAUAAACUGAAGCAGCAAUCAGCUAUUUAAACCCGUGGGUUCUCCUUGCACAAUAUCCUCUGAUGAAGUGAGCAUUAGACUCACGAAACGCGUAAGGACUCUAACACUUUGUGGCACUUAUCGCAAAGAAGACCGGGCUUCACUUGGAACGCAGGAGAUCGGUGACACGCACGCGGCUAUCCACAGGUCCAUUCAUCUGCCGGCGGACCGAAAAGAACGAGCUGCAAACACCAGGUUCUCCAGAUUCCAGUUAAGCACUUAGACUCUUUGCGUUUUUGUAAGUGCACAACUUUUCUUUUUUAUUGAAUAAACGUAUUUUAUUGCACUUAGCACUUCGGAUUUUGUUUCACUUUUUGUGAACAACAUGGAACUUAUCUACUAAACUACAGAUCAUUAACCAUGAUCUGUUAGCUAUUAUAUUUUAUACUAAGUACAUACAAUUAUAUAUCACAUUGGCUUAUAUAUAUAAUUUUGUACAACACUAAAUUAGCUCAUUCAGUUAACAUAUUCCAGUUCGAUCAUAACUGGAGAAAACUGUAACAGCUAACAAAUCACAGACCACGGUGUCUUUUUAAAAAGAGACUUUUUAAAAAGAGACUAUUUAUACAGAGACAUUUCUACUAUAAAGUUAUAUAUAUUUUCUACAUAUUUAAGAUACAUGUUUUUAUUAAUGCAUGGUAACAAAAGGUGAAUUAUUGUAAUAUUUAUAUUAGAUUUCUAUUAUUGUCUUUUACAAGUUAUUCAAUAUCUGCUUCAUAUAUUGCCCAUUUAAAGGAAUACCACUCCUGAAAUUUAUUGGAUUCAAAUCUAAUAUUUUACUUUCUUAUUGCAUUUAAAGGGUUUUUAUAGUGGAACCCUUUCUUUCAGUUGAAGAGGUUUUUCCUUUAAGCCACAUUAUAUACUCUUAUAUUUAAGGUCCAUAUUUGAACCUUAUUUUACCCUUUUCUUUAUACUGCAUUAUAUGCCCAAGAGCAUAUGUGGACCUGUCACAAAGAAAGUGACCCAGAUUUAAACCAAAAAUAUUACUACCAAUAACUUGCAAGGAGCCUACCAGAGAUGGACACGUGACAGUAAAGACCACAAAGUUCAGCACCAAUAAAUGUGCUUAAAUCACUAUCUUAUUUGAGACAGCACACAUGCAAAUAAUCAAAUAAGACCGAAAGAUUGACUUUUGUAUCAUAAAUAUUUGGUGUACAUACUUUUGUUUGAUAUUUGUGGUUUUUGCACUUGGGGUAGUGUCCCUUUAUGGUAGCAUCCAGCCCAGCUUUUGGUUAAUAGUGAGAGAUACUGUACAUGCUUUCUGAUAAAAGGUUAGACAUACCUAUUUAAAUAUUGGGGGCGGUCGCUUUAACUUAAACGGUGAGUAGGACAAUAUGGCAUUUAGAAUAUACAUUUUCACUGUGUUUUGCUCUGUGCAAUUGGAUUGGCUGAGAUCAAGAUUUAUAAUCUCAGCCAUGGAGGCGCAGCUUGGGAGAAAGGGUAUAUAAAAUCACCUUUUCAGCUUGAUCAGAGCGGGGCCAGUAACUAAAACAACCACACCAGCAUUAUAAUGUCAGGAAUACAUGUUUGUAUUCCUGACCAUGUAGUGUUCCUUUAAGAUGACCCUACUCUAGAGUCCCAUGGUGGCAUGCUGUUGCAUCUACAUGCUUCCACUUUUCAAUAAUUGUUCUUAGUUGACAUGGACAUAUCUAGUAGGGCAGACAUUUUUCAAACAGACACUGGCAUCGUCUGGAGAUGCCACGUUUUAAAGUCCUUGAACUCUUCAAUCCAUUGUACUGCCAUGCUUGUCUAUGGAUAUGUCAAGGCUAUGUGCUGGAUUUUAUGCACCUAUAGCAGCGAGUGAAAACCUGCAUGUUUCUAAGAGGUCUAGCUGCAUGAUCAUAUGGAUUAAUCCCUUUAGUCUGCAGAAAUUAUGCAGUGAAUUCUCUCUGAUUUUAUUGCUGCUCACAAUAUCUUUACCAUUGUACACUAUAGUGAACCAGCUAAUAUUAAGCUAUGCCGGGUUGAUCCUGGAACCCUUCCCUUAACUUUAACCCAGAUUGAAACUGGCUAUAGGGCUGUGAUUUAUAUUCAUUUUGCACUGAACGGUAGACAAAUGGCUUUCAGUAGUCUUAAUUAGGCUAUCUUAAGUGAAAUCUAUCUAUUUGAAAACCAUUGGGCUGUUCAUAAAUGCUAAAUACUGUUAUUGGUCUGCUGUUGAGUUAGCUGAACCUCUACAUAUGUUUGCUAAUUCUGAUUGUUUAAUGUAAUAUUCCUGUUUUAGACUAGAAAAAUUAACUCUAAGGCCUAUGACAUCAAAUCCCCUCCCCCCUUUGAUCUCUAAUGCCCCCCCUUCUUUGAUAUGUGCUGACAUAUAGCUGAUGAUUUUUAAAAAAAAAUGUCAUUGCUGCAGAAGUUCAUCUGAAAAAAAAGUUACUGGUUUGACUCAAUGAUUUUUCAACUCAUUAGUGUAUGUGAUGAACCUUCAAGGAAUUUCUUGAUGUGAAUUGAAUUCAGUUUAAUGAUAGUGGCCAAAUGUGUUAUUGCAAAUUCAAUGAAUAUAGUGAAUAGACCCAGUGUCGCUCUAAAUGUUAAUGUGUGGGUUAUUAGUUUAGUUGCUAUUAAAUAAGCCUUGGUUUGCUGAUGACCACUUUUGGAAACCUACAAUUUAAAGGGUUACUCAAAACAUCAUGAACACUGAUGUUAACUGAUGUCAUGGUGCUUUGAGUCUUACAUCUAGAUUUUAAGUUUGAGGGGGAAAAAUGCUGAUUGCUGCUGGAUAUGUAACUUACUAGGGUGUAACUUACUAACAAGAUUUUUUGGGAUGGGUUAUGUUAAACAUGUUUAUAUUGGGUGUCUAUCAUCAUCAGCAUACAUUGCCUCCAUAGUGAGGUGGAGUGACCUCGCCAGAGGAUGAUCAGGCGUCAGUGUUGGAAAAAUAAACUGGGGUACCAUGGCAGCAAGUGUUGGAAAAAUAAACUGGGGUACCAUGGCAGCAAGGGUUACUCCAAACAAAAUAUAGUUUUAUUGAAACACUGUUCUUGGUUUAAAUAACCCUGUGUUUUCAUUCAGGUUUUUUGGUAUGAUUUAAACCUAUCCUAAACAUUAGACUACCCACGUGUGGUCAACGUGUGACAACUGUCAAUCUGUGGUUUUGAGACUUGGUAACUUUGAUUAGUGGUCUUAAAGGAUCACUAUAGUGUCAGGAAAACAAACUCAUUUUCCUAACACUAUAUGGUUACCUCUCCUUCCACUCCGACGUCAGCUCCCGAGUGGAGCGGAAUGCGCAGCCAUAGACGCGCGCGCAUUAAAAACGCCCAUAGGAAAGUAUUUCUCAAUGCUUUCAUAUGGACGUUCUGCAUGCUGAAUUAGAUUUUCGCUUUCAGCGCCGCAGAAGCGCCUCUAGCGGCUAUGUUUACAUCUGAAGGGUUAAAAGCUGGGGGACCUGGCACCCAGACCACUUCAUUGAGCUGGUCCUUUAAGAUGGGGGGAGAUUUGCCACAGUGAAAUUAUUACUUUGACGUCAGCAGGGUGAAUUUAGCUGUUGAAUUAAGCAUGGGGUGAUGACACAAAAAUAAUGCUUUCAGCUGAAGUCAAACUGCAGCCUAAUAAACACUGCAUGAAAAAUGGUACCAACAUGUAACAGGAUGUUAUGUUCCUUUACUCCUUUGAAUUGCCAGGGUGUAUUUGAUCAGAGGAUUAAGUGCUGGCAAAAGUGGCAAGAUGCUCAGAUUAAUUUGCAGAAGAAACGAGAGGCAGAGGCCAAACUUCAAAUCUCCAACAAACCGGACAAAAUUCAGCAAGCUAAAGAUGAAAUCCGAGAGGUAUAUAUUACAGCAGUAGACUUCAUUCAUUGCCUGUUUGUAUCCAUAGAUUUGACUUCCAAUAAUAAUUUUUGACUAUUAAAUAUAUUUACCUAGCAUUAACCCAUUUAGUGCCAGAGUGUCUUGCAGCAUCAUUGCUAAUGUAAAUAUUUUCAGUUGACUUGUCAUAGUAUCAUGUUAGGGUGAUAUAGAUGAACUAAAACACCCUAUUGCUAUACUAACUGUACUAACCGUUAAUGUCCAUAUUUGUUCAAGAAAAUGUAAGUACCAUAUGCUAUGGAAACUGCAUUGCUACCAUUCUCCCUGAGAGUCAUUGGCAGUGUACAUACAGCUUGGGCUGCUGAAAUCUUGCAUAAUCAGAAUGAAUCCAUUUUCUUUGUAAACAAGUGUCAUGCUGAAAUCAUUGUUUAAGGAAAAUGCCUCACAUGCUCAUUUCUUUCCUAUGCUUCAUUAAGGAGAUUGAAGAGGUAGGACAUUACCUACAUGUACAUAAAUGAACACCAUUCUCUUCAUUGCUGAACUUAAGUUGUAAAUUUUAUAUUUAACUAUGUUGUUAUGACAUGGUGACUACAUUUUAUGCCGGAAAGAAUGGACACAUAAUUUUAUUGUAUUUGUGCUGGUCCAUUAAACUUUUAACACUGCAUCCCAUUCUGUCUCGAACAAAGUGAUGUAAUACUUCUCGAACAGAACUGAGUGGUGAGGAUUUGACAACUACUUGUGUGUUUGUCUAUGUAUAAUGUUGCAUUUUGCUUGCUGGUAAUUAUCAUUUGAAAAUGCCACCUGCAUGUUCGCCUGUAAAGAUCCUAAUUUUCAAUCCCUUCCUUAUUCUAGAAUGAAACCAGAAACUAGAAUUAUAUUGACGUUAUGUUGUUGUUUUUUUCGACACAAAUUAUUGUAUACAACAUUCGCUCAUUUGAAACUGUUCUAUACUUUGUUCAUUUCUGUGACUUUUUUUUGUUUUUGAAUUGCAAACCAUUGCCCAGUAUUUUCUGAAACCCAAAACUUUUUUUUUUUUAAAGCAGUUUGUCCUAAAUGUCCCAUUCAUUAUACUUCUGUCUGAGCACUGCAGUGUUGAUGAGCAAAUUUUGUAUUUUAUUACAAGGAGACACAUGUUCUUUAAAGUCUAAAGUACAACAUAUAGACUGGAAUAAUGUGGGGAAACAAAAUGCAGCACAGAAUGACAACACAACCCAUCCCCUCCCCCAAAACACUUUGUAAAAGUCCAUACUGAAAGGUAUGGUUCACAAAACAUGUCUCAUACAGUAAUGUCCUGUGGAUUUCACUUUAGAGCAUUUAAGAAUAUAUAGUCUUUUCAGUGUACACUCCUAUAUGAAUAGAUUUCUGGAUUUGAGCUUCUUCCCUGCUUACAAGCAUGCAUGUACAGAAUCCAUUGCUUUUUUUCCCAUAUAAUUUGCCUAUGUAUAAUCAUUAAACCCCACUUCCUUGAACAAAUUGGUUGAGAUGUGCUGCUAAUUCCUCUGGAAUAGAAGGGGUUAAGCAUGGUUGCUGUAGUCCAUAUUGUCACAUUUGUUCUGCUGUGUCAGUUUUUUUUCUUUGUAUCCAUUUUGUUCUUUCAAUACUGUUUCUCUACACUGUUCUAUUCGUGAACACUAUUACAAGGACAGUUGUAGAAGAUUGGCCAUGUCAGACUUCACUACAAACCCCUAAAGUUCUUUUUUGUGUACAGUGUCCUUUAAAAAAAUAAAUAUAUAUAUAUAUAUAUAUAUAUAUUUUUUAUUUUACAAAACGUGCAGAUUGUAAUAGAAACUUGCUUCUUUUUAUAAAUUAAUCUUGUUACACCCUUUGGCUGCUAAUCCAGUGGAAAAAAUUAUUGGAUGCAUGCAUGUUUUGUUGAGGUCAUAUCUAAACUGUGAUUUAUUUUUUUAAGUUUGGGCAGUGGAGCUUUGUUUAAUAUUAUAUAAUUAUUAUGCAUAUUGUCUUAUCCACAAAUACAGUGACAUACUGAUUAUUUUUGGGGGUGAGUCUUUACAUAUUCUUUCAACCUGCAUUCUUUUUUUAAUAUUACUAUUGAUUUAGAAUUUCACGCUUUCAUUGUAUUUUUCUACAGGAGUAUUUUAUUAUUACCUUAAGGUUUUACUGUAGAAUGUAGCCGGGAAACUCAUUAGCAGUUUAAUUAUCUUGUCCAAACCUUUAAAUGUGAACUGUAUUGGUGGUUUUAGUCAUGUGCCUACCGUUGUUUCCACGUUGCAGUUAUAGUACAUACAUUAGUAAAUGAUUGUUUACGUGGACACGUGUGACCAAGCGAUUCCUGUACUUGUACCACUAGUUUGUAUGUAUGGCUUUGUGUGUUCAUGAGAUCUCUUCAAAACCUGUAAAAUCAUGAAAAUCUUUAGGUUGGUAGGAAACCUUCCCAGGUAGUAUGGAAUUAAUAAAAUACCUUGUGGUGGUGUGUGCAGAUAUAGUAUGAUGAAAGCAUCUAACGUCUAAUUAGUAAUAUCACCUAUAUUACUUUAAACGUUGGUAAGUAUAAUGUGCAAACACAUAUUGUAUCUUGUAUCCCACCUACAACAUAACAAUGUGUUAACUGUAAGAUUAUCUGUUCCCUUUGUUUGCCUGUGUCAACAUUUUAUUGGUUGGUUAGUUUAAUAAAGAAACAAGAUCAAUGAAUGUUUGCAUUUCUGCAUUGUUGAUAGCUAAUAUUUGUUAUUGUGAUAAUACUAAAUUUAAAAAAAUUUAUUUUAUUUUUUUGUUUUUGUUUUGUCUUUUUUUUUUUAUUGUCAGUGGGAGGCAAAAGUUCAACAAGGAGAGAGAGAUUUUGAGCAGAUUUCCAAAAACAUUCGCAAGGAAGUAGGAAGGUUUGAGGCAUGUAUCUUGUUCGAUCCCUUAGUCAAAAGCAGUCCUUAAACCAUGUUUUGUGUGUUUCCACUUUUCAUCUAAAUAAAAAAAACAAUUCUUGGCUUAGAUUUUUCACAUAUGUUUACAAACAAUUGAGACCAGUAUAACUAAAAUGUAACUAAAGGCACCACUGCAAGCCCCUACGUCACCUUGCUGGAUGGCAUUGGCAUUAUGGUAUUUUUUGAUUAAACCCAGUCAUAUACUGUCUAACACAACAUAGUGAACAUUUACAUCUAGUUUGUUCUAAAUCUACAAAGUUAUUCAGAGGGAAAACCUUAUAGAUCUUAACACUUUAGUAAAACUCAGCUGCUGUUGAGGGAUACAAUACUUGUUCCCUCUGCUGGCCAUCACAUAAAUCUAUUCUAGCAACAUUUGCAAGCCCAGGGGAGUUGACCUAUGUAUUAUUUGGAAUGCAUGAUGUGUGUAGCUGUAUAUGCAUAUUGAUGCAACUGACAGAAACGUAUUCCUCUUCUUAAUAUUUAGAAAGACAGAGUGAAAGACUUCAAGACAGUUAUUAUCAAGUACUUAGAAUCACUAGUACAAACGCAACAACAGGUAAGCCUCAUAUCGGGUGGGGUCUCUACAAUUGUACUAUGCCUUUUGUUUUUAAAUACAUAAUAAAUACAUGCUUUGUCAUACAAUACAAUUCUUAAAGGGACACUAUAGUCACCAAAACCACUACAGCUUAAUGUAGUUGUCCUGAAGUCUAUAGCCUGUCUCAACACGUUUUUCAAUGUAAAUACUGCCUUUAUAGUAAAAAGGCAGUGUUUACGUUGCUGCCCAGUAAACCCUAUAAUGACAGUCACUCAUACAGCCUCUAGAGGUUGUGCAGAGUUCAGAAAUUGGUAUUCAACACCCCAGUGGUGGAUCUAAUAUAAGUGGGGUAUUCAGAUAGGGAUACACAAAAUAGCAAAAUUUAGUAUAAUGCAACACAAAUUUAUUUAUGCAUAAAAAAAAUCCCAAACCCUACUUUAAAAAAAAAACUCUUUACACAGUAAAAAAGAUAGCUAUUGCUUCAAAUAGCUACUGCAGAACCCAAAAAAGCCAGUGAUCUGAUGUAAAGCAUAGUGUAUGGUAAAAUAUAUUGUAGAAUAUAUUACACCUCUGUCGGAGGUUUUUACUGUGUAAAGAGUUUUUUUAAGUAGGGGUUGGGAUUUUUUUUAUGCAGAAUUUUUUUUUUUUUUUUUUUUAUUAUUUUUUUAGUGCAGGCAGGACGUUCAAAAGCAUUUACGGUAGCAUAGGUUAUGGCUUGUUUACAUAUUGUACUGGUUAAUAAAGAGUAGACCUAAGUAAUGGGCAACAAGCAUAGUAUUAUUGUAUAGCUGCUAGGUUGAAUGCUCAAUGUUAGAAAGAAACCGCAUGUAAUAUUACAGUCGGGGAUAAAACAGUGGGAGUGUAUGUGCACUUUUUUUCUUUUUCAAGCGAGGCGAGUCUGCCCUUGCCAUGGGUACUUAAUAAUAAGGAGAGUGUGUGUUCAGGUUAGUGUUCCUGCGGGUUGUUGGGUGUCAAACCCCUCUGAUGAUGAAUACCCCACUUAGAUUAGAUCCACCACUGGGGAGGUGGACACCAAUUUCUGAUACCUUCACAAUAUAAUACAUCAUUUAUAGAACCCAUUUGCAUUAAUUUUGGGACUCCCCUACUAAGUGCUGACACUUAUUUGUAUACUUGUUUUAAAGAUUUAAAGAAUAAUCUUCAAUGUGUACAGCAGCUAUUAUUUAUUUGUAUAUUAAGGCAUAAUUAGCACUUUCCUAUUUUAGUAUUUCUUAUUGUGCUCUUUCGUUUGUAUUUUGUAUGGGCAUCUCAUUGUUUAACCCCUUAAGGACCGAGGACGGUUCAGGACCGUCAUCGGCAUUUUUGCCUUGCCGACCGCUGACGGUCCUGAACCGUCCUAACGGUCCAAUGUACUUACCUGAUCGCCGUCGUUCCCCCGGCGGUGAUCAGCAUUGCUCCCGGUGUGGGGAGACUGCCUGCAGCCCAGACAGUCUCCCCGCACUGAAUUAGGACCCCUGUGGCCAUGUGAUCGCUCAACACAGCGAUCACAUGGUCACAAUAGGUGUGUGUGUAUAUAUAUAUAUAUAUAUGUAUAUGUAUGUAUGUAUGUAUAUAUAUGUAUGUAUAUAUAUGUAUAUAUAUAUAUAUAUAUAUAUAUAUAUAUAGACAUAUAUUAUAUCUAUAUAUCCUAUAUAUAAUGUCAUACUAAGUGUAUUUUUAUAUUAAUAUGUACUUAUAUUAAUAUAAAAUACACUUCUAAUUAAAUUACACACGUGUAUAUAUAAUAACUAUAUAUAUUGUGUAUAUAUAUUAUAAAAUAUAAAAAGUAAUUUAAAUUUAAUAUUUUUUAAAUAAUAAAAAUUGAGAAAAAAUUAUAUCUAAAUGAAAUUUUAUUCUAACUGUAUUUUAAAAUUAAUAUAUAUAUUUAUAUCAAAAUACACUUAGAAUGAAUUUGUAUAUAUAUCUAUGUAUAUAUAAAUAAAAAUAAUACGAAAUAUACAUAUGUCCAUAUACAAAAUUACAUAAAUAAUUAUAUAAAUAUACACGUAGAUUUCAAAUAUAUAAAUGUAACGGACCGUUUUGCACACAAGGGGUAAAAACCGUUUAGGCAAUCGGCCCCCUUUCCAGAGAUACAGGCACAGCUACUGCAGAACACCAAACUCCCAAACUGGAUACAAAAUAGCACUCCAACUCCCGAACUGGAACCUCCCAAAUAGCUGCUAGCAGACGAACAGGAAAAGCAGACAAUCAGCUUACACUCCUGGCAAUCAGUCUCUAACAGCAUACAGUGAAUCCCCCCAAGAACGAGACAAGGCUCCGUGUUGAGGGUCAAGCAGUGGUCUGAGGUGCUGGCACACCCAGCCUGGUUUUUAUUACAGUCUUGCAAAUACAGGACCGCCCACAGGGAGGUAUAAAGCAACCAAUCACAUCACAGUUACAUCCCACAUAUUCCCUCCCCUUAUCCUGAGAGGAAACUCAAUUACACAUACAGUUAAAACAUACUUUCUACCCAACUUUCAUAACUCUAAAACCAUACAUCACAUUCACAUAAAAUUACAUAUUCACAAUCAAUCCAUUCAGGGGAACAACAUAUUAAAAAUGGCAUGAAUCAGACCAGGGGUUCAAAAGUUAGUAAAAAGUCCUUUGUGACUAAAUGAAGCAUGGCUUUCUGGCCCAAACCAGUUUCAGAGUCUUCUAUCCUGGAGAUAAGUAAUUCAAUUAUCUCCCAGGAUAGACACAAGACUCCAUUAAGCACAUAGUUGCAAAAAGACACAAAACACUAUAAAAUACAUAAAGUCACAUUUAUUACAUAAAACACAGACAUGUAACAUAUCCCCAGAUAGCUCAGGUUUGAGCGCACAUUAUUAAGUGAAUGGCGCUCAGACCACACGAAUACAGUUUAAUCGCCAUGGAGCCAAAGUCUUUACAGUCAGUUUCAUACAAAUGGGCUCCAUGGGAUUCCUAUCUGGGGUAUAACACAUUAAAACAAAUCUACCGAACCCCAGGCAGAAAAGCACGAAUUAAACUUUUCUGCAGGUAAAAAAGAUGUCUUUUAACAGGGGGCCAUAGUCCAAAGGCAGCAGGCGAGUAACCAGGCUUCUCCAAUGCAAUGUGGCGAGAUUGGUCUCGUCACAAUAAAUAUGCAUAUAUAUUUAAAUUCUACGUGCGUAUUUAUGUAAUAUUUUUACAUAAUUAAGUAAUUUUAUUGUUUGCAAUUUGAGGGACCUGCCUGCCAACCCAGGCCGAAAGUCCAGAGAAUUUAAUUUGCUAGCACUGUAUUUUACCCUGUAACGUUCUACGACACCUUAAAACCUGUACAUGGGGUGUACUGUUUUACUCGGGAGACUUAGCUGAACACAAAUAUUAGUGAUUCAAACCAGUAAAACAUAUCACAGCGAUGAUAUUGUCAGUGAAAGUGACUUUUUUUGCAUUUUUCACACACAAACAGCACUUUUACUGAUAUAAUUGUUGUGAUACGUUUUCCAGUUUUUAAACACUAAUAUUUGUGUUCAGCGAUGUCUCCCGAGUAAAACAGUACCCCCCAUGUACAGGUUUUAUAGCAUUUUUGAAAGUUACAAGGUCAAAUAUAUGGGUCAAAUAUUUUUACAUUGAAAAUGGCUAGGUUGGUUACGUUGCCUUUGAGAGCGUAUGGUAGCCCAGGAAUGAGAAUUACCCCCAUGAUGGCAUACCAUUUGCAAAAGAAGACAACCCAAGGUAUUGCAAAUGGGGUAUGUCCAGUUUUUUUUUAGUAACCACUUAGUCACAAACACUGGCCAAAAUUAGCGUUCCAUUUUUUUACUUUUUUCACACAUAAACAAAUAUGAAUGCUUACUUUGGCCAGUGUUUUCGCCUAAGUGGCUACUAAAAAAGACUGGACACACCCCAUAUUGAAUACCCUGGGUUGUCUACUUUAAAAAAAAAAAUAUGUACAUGUAGGGUGUUAUUCAGAGAUUUAUGACAGAUAAUAGUGUUACAAUGUCACUAUUGAUAAAUUUUAAAAAUGUAUGUUUUGAAACUGCAAUAUCCUACUUGUACCUAUAGCCCUAUAACAUGCAAAAAAAAAAGCACGUAAACACUGGAUAUUUUUAAACUCAGGACAAAAUUUUGAAUCUUUUUAGCAGUUUUUUUUCAUUCGCUUUUGUAGAUGAGUGAAAGAUUUUUCAAGUAAAAGUAAAAAAAACAUGUAUUUUUUUUCAAUUUUUCAUCUUUUUUUUAUUUUUUUUAUUAAAAUACAUGAGAUUAUAUAAAUAAUGGUAUGUAAAGAAAGCCCAUUUUGUCCUGAAAAAAACAAUAUAUAAUUUUGUAUGGGAACAGUAAAUGAGAGAGCGGAAAAUUACAGCCAAACACAAACACCACAAAAGUGUAAAAAUAUGCCUGGUCGCAAAUGUACAACAUCGCAAAAAACAGUUCAGUCCUUAAGGGGUUAAACUCAUGGUUUGUAUCUGUCUAAUAGCGCAUUCCUAACUGCAUUUUAUUAACAACAUUUAUUUUUAUUUCUUCUAGCUUAUAAAGUAUUGGGAAGCUUUUCUACCCGAAGCCAAAGCCAUAGCCUAG